GUCGUGCUCGUCUCGCCGCAGAUCCCGGGGAACACCGGGACGAUCGCGCGGACGUGCGCGGCGUCGCGCGUGCCGCUGCACUUAGUCGGGCCGUUAGGGUUCACGUUAGAGGACAGCCAGCUCAAGCGCGCGGGGCUCGACUACUGCGUGUGCGUGCGCGUGCACGACGACUGGGACGCGUUCUACGCGUACUGGUCCGUCGACCUCGGGGCCCCCGGUCGUCUGGUCGCCAAAUUCGGCGCCCGGCCGCACGCGGAAGAGGGCGCGUACCUCCCCGGCGAUUGGCUCCUCUUCGGCGCGGAGACCACGGGGUUACCGGACGAGGCGCACGACGCGUGCGCGCGGAGCGGGGGCAUACGCCGGAUACCCAUAGACGAGGACCACGUCCGGAGUUUAAACCUGGCGGUGAGCGCGGGCGUCGGCGUGUACGAAGCCAUUCGGCAGAUCGAC